AUGGAUAAUACUGGCAACGCUAACACAACAAAUAUCUCGGAGGAGAACCAACAACCCCAGAAUUUUCAGGAUAUUCCUGCACCUCCUUUGGAAACCAGUUUGUUAAUAGAAUUGGUUCGUUCUGAACAACAGAUAGACACAACAGUAAAUAAAGAAAAUUUAGACACGGUUUCUGUAAAUAUUCCUCAACAACAACAACAACAACUUGAAGAACAUAGAAAUCCACAACAAAAGUUUGAUAUCCCCAUUGAAGAACAACAAUACCAGGGUCAAGAAGAAGUUUUUGAACUACCUGAAGAGGAUUAUGAUGUAUUUAGAAAUGUUGGUCAGGGGUUGACUGGUCACUACCUCGAGAUUAUGAUCCAAUACUGGCAGGAGCUGGUCAAUGAAAUAGAAGCAAUAAACGAACCCGGCUCUAACCAUGAGGAAGAUUUUAGGUCGCACUCUUUGCCCUUUGCGAGAAUACGUAAAGUGAUGAAGACAGACGAAGAAGUCAGAAUGAUUAGCGCAGAAGCCCCGGUUAUCUUUGCCAAGGCUUGCGAAAUUUUCAUCACUGAAGUCACAAUGAGAGCUUGGUGUGCUAGUGAAGCUCAUAAGCGUCGUACUCUACAACGUGGUGACAUUGCAGAGGCACUAAAACAAAGUGACAUGUUCGAUUUUUUGAUCGAUGUUGUUCCAAGACAAUGA